AUGGUCAUCAUUUUUGGUGAGAACAACAGUCGGGUCCUAGGAAUUUUAAAAUCGGGCUACCGGAACGUGCCGGGUUUAGUGGGUGGCUUUCCAGGCCCAUUUAACCAGAUAGAUGCGAAGCUGCUGCUACAGAAGCAGGCGAAAUCCGAGGAAGAAGAAGAAGAGGGAAGGAAGAAGAGGAUGAAGAAGAUCUCUGUGAUUCUCAUGGGAUGUGGGGGCGUUGGCCGACAACUUCUUCAACACAUUGUCUCUUGCCGAUCGCUUCACGCAAAAAUGGGAGUUCAGUUACGGGUGAUUGGAGUCAGUGACAGUAAAUCCUUACUUGUUCCAAUAGAUGUGCUCAAAGAAGAGCUUGAUGAUGAUCUCUUGUCUGAAGUUUGCAGUAUCAAAUCUGCUGGUUCUGCAUUAACCACGCUUGGUGCUUUACAAAAAGGUGAAUGUCGAGUGUUCAAUGGUUCUGAGCUUUCAAGAUGGGAGACAGAAAAAAUUGCACAACUUCUGGGUAAAUCUACAGGCUUAGUUGUUGUGGAUUGCUCAGCCAGCAGUGAAACGGUUGAAAUAUUGAUGAAGGCAGUUGACUUGGGUUGCUGUGCUGUCCUAGCAAAUAAGAAGCCUCUUACUUCCACACUGGAACAUUAUGACAAAUUGGUUUUGGAUCCUCGACGUAUCCGCCAUGAAUCCACUGUUGGUGCUGGGCUUCCUGUCAUUGCAUCCAUGAACCGUAUAAUUUCAUCAGGAGAUCCUGUUCAUAGUAUUGUCGGUAGUUUGAGCGGUACCCUGGGAUAUGUAAUGAGUGAGCUUGAAGAUGGAAGGCCUCUAAGCGAAGUUGUUCGAGCUGCCAAAACGUUGGGGUACACUGAACCAGAUCCACGUGACGACCUCAGCGGCAUGGAUGUUGCUAGAAAGGCUUUGAUUCUUGCUCGACUUCUUGGGAAGAGGAUAAUUAUGGAUAGCAUAAAGAUAGAGAGCUUGUACCCGGAAGAGAUGAGACCUGGAGUCAUGACUGUGGAUGAUUUUCUCCAAAAUGGAAUAGCAAAACUUGAUCAGAACAUUGAGGAGAGAGUUAAAAAAGCUUCAUCAAACGGAUGUGUGCUUCGUUAUGUCUGUAUGAUUGAGGGCUCAAGCGUUCAAGUUGGGAUUCGAGAAGUUCCAAAAGAUUCUCCAUUGGGACGACUAAGAGGCAGUGACAAUAUAGUAGAGAUACGUAGCCGUUGCUACAAGGAGCAGCCAUUGGUGAUUCAAGGAGCCGGAGCCGGGAACGACACAACUGCAGCCGGUGUUCUUGCAGACAUCAUCGACAUGCAGGAUCUUUUUCCUUGAGAGGCCAUGUAGCUUACUCUUAUCACAAUAAUAAUAAACCUAAUUUUCAAGGAUUGUCAUAUUCAUCAUUAAAGAUUAGAAAACGUGGCCUCUCCUUACAUUGCAAUAAAAAAAACUUAUCUUUUGUGAGGGUUUUAUGAUCUUAACAUGCGUUUGACUGAAAAACAAAACAGCUAACUUAUUGUCAAACGGAGAGAAUAUUGUCGCUUGAUAUCUCAGUGUGAUCGACCUGGUUCUUGGGAUCAAGAGCCAUAUCUAAGCCGAAGAAGACUCCCAGUAGCCAAGAUCGCCUUAGGAUUAAUAUCAUGCAAAGACCAAAGAUACAAACUCUGA